AUGGCGGGAUGUUCGACAACGAGAUGCUUCGUUGGUUUCUCUUUUUGUGCUCUUGCCUCUUCAUUUCAUAAUAGAAGGCAGCUUCAGCUCAGUCGAAACAAAUGCAUCACCCAAAUUCUUGGCGGUAAAGAGAUUAAAUUCUGUUGCUGUAACACUGGUGACCUCUGCAACUCGAAGCUCACGAAUCUCUCGUUUUUUGAGAAAGUGAAGGAGCGCGCCAAGGGCUUUUUAAAAAUCAUCGGUUAA